AUGUCGAUGAAGACGGAACCAGUUGGGCUAGGAAUGUGGUCUUCACCAACACCACCAGUAACACGGCCUCGGCCUGCGACAAUACACGAGUCGGCUUUUCCACUCAACUACUGUAUGCCGGAAGAGUAUGGGCAGCUACCAGCUUGGGAUUCAUCGACCAUGCCCACAGAAUCACUUCAUGAUGGAUUACCUCAGGCCUUCCCAGUACAACAAGACUUCUACCCACCUACUACUAGCUGCGGAGAAAGUAAGUUCCUCUGGAACGGAAGGGAUGAAAUUGAGCAGAAUUAUCAUCUGACUGGCAAUCCAGAUGGUUGGCAAAGUAAGCCUUGUGAGGAAUCACUUGAGCUUCACAACUUCGACACAGAUAUGAGAGAUAUGAAUAUGGGCCAGGCUUUUUCAACCGACGAAGCGGCGCCCAUUCUCGACUUGCGAUAUGCUGGACCUGGAUUAGACAGUGACCGACUUAGCUUGGAUCAAUCAUACAGUUCUCGCCGUAUGUCUGGGUCGUCUUUUACCAUGUCGACAACUGGCGCCCUCUCCGAAAUGCCAUCGUAUGAGGACUUUUCAACAACUCUGUCAGAAGCACCAUCUUUCUCUGACUACCCACCACCCUCAAACCGCAAUUCUCUCAUGUCAUCAACUCAGUUGUCACCAGUUGCAUCCCCGAGAAUGACACCCCAACAUCGCUCAGAACUAGUACGAACACAAAGCAGAGGCAGGGCUUCUCCUUCACCACGACCAAGUAUGCGAUCAGCACCAUAUACCAUGGACUCUACUCGUAGCAAAAGAUGGUCUACGGGUUCCUACGCUCCUUUGCCUAACAGACGACCAUCGCCAUUUGUCUACCACCAGGGUCACGAGGUGUUUACACCACACCCACCACGCAUGUCAUCGAGACAUUCUUCACCUACUCUACCCAAUGCGCAAUUGCCAUUGAACAUGACAAACCUUCAAACUCAACAGCACCCUUUCUUACUCACUAACAACACCGGAUUUCACCGCAAUUCGAUGCUUCUACCUUCACACACCUUUCACGAGAACCCGCAACACAACCAAUUUGAGAACCCACCACCACUACUUUCUCACGGCCUUUUCCGCAUGUUGCAGUCUAACGCAGAUCCUCACUCUUUACAUUCACACUACACUGAUUUAUCCGACCCUCCAGAUCUAUAUGCCUCUCUACACGAAGAGCAAGUGCCACCUCCACCGGAAGACAUGAACCCAUCCGACCCAGAUCUCAUCCCACACGAACAAGAACUCAGAUUUGACGGCGAUCUUUACACACCUCGUUGGGUCAGAGGUCACGGUAAUAAGCGCGAAGGCUGGUGCGGAAUCUGCAAGCCUGGACGAUGGCUCGUACUCAAAAACUCCGCUUUCUGGUACGACAAGUCUUUCACGCAUGGUAUCAGUGCUGCGACCGGAUCGCCAUUCCAAGAACCACAAGAGACUCGACGAAUGGACGGAAAUCCAGACGUCUGGGAAGGACUCUGUGGAAGCUGCAACGAAUGGGUCGCAUUAGUUAGCAGCAAGAAGAAAGGCACAACAUGGUUUCGACACGCCUACAAGUGUCACACACACCCAAAGAUCAAAGAUGCACCUAAACGACGUCGCGAAUCUUCGCACACGCGUGCUCUUGGCGCUUCCCAGAUGGCUAAGCCCAAACUUGAGAAUGCUCCUCCAAUGCCUUCGACUCCUCAGAUGACACCCUCAUCCUCAGUGGUCAACACUCCUAUGCCGCAGACACCAAUGCCGCCUACAUCAGUUGGCGGCAUGGUCACUGAUCGCUCCAUGAUGGGAUCCAGGGAUGGCUACCACACCUUGCGAGAAAACAUGAACAUAUCUCGGGAUGGUGUCGGAAGUCGAGACGGAGGCAUGGGAAGUCGGGAUGGAAGCACUGGCGUCAAAUACACACAUGCACCACCAAUGCCACCGAUGUCGCAAGCGCAAAUAAACCGAAAAGCCAUUCUGAGCGCCAGCCCACUGGAUGGGUUAGCGGGCGGCUUAGGAGGGAUGAUCUAA